AUGUCGGGAGUGUUAUUUGAAGAUAUGUUUGCAGUGGAUUCCACUGAUCCAGGAAGGUACAACAAAGUGUGCAGGAUAACGGGUCAUUCGUUAACUUCAAAGGACAUUACAAUCACAUUGGACAUAAACAGUGAGUUGUUCCCUGUAAAAGAUAACGACUCGUUAACGAUAACUUUGGCAUCAACGCUAGGCAAUGAAAGUUCAAUGAUUACCUCAAAUGGAUCAUGGAGGCCACCAAAGCAAGGGGAGAGGUCAUUGGCAGAUGAUUACGACUAUGUUAUGUAUGGGACUGUUUACAAGUUUGAAGAGAAUGCUGAUAAUGACAAGAUGUCGGUUUAUAUUUCAUUUGGUGGGUUGUUGAUGAGAUUGGAAGGUGGGUAUAGAUCGUUGAGUAAUUUGAAACAAGAAAACGCCUACAUCUUGAUACGUCAUUAUAAUGUAUAA